AUGCUCGUCCCUUUCGUCACGUUCCCACGCCCCUCAUCGCCGUACGGGGGCAAGUCAUAUUUUUCACCCGGCCCAGGUAGUUUCCGGCCCAUGGAAACCCCCGGGGUGCGCCAAGUCCCGGGAAGCAGGAAAACGGCCCCACAGAACCCAACCCCUCCCCCCCCGACGCCCUUUUGGGGACGCUCCACUUCCUCACAAGUGCCCCCUUGCACCAGCUGCCCCUUUUCGGGCCUUACAGAAUUAGCUCCCAACACGGUCGACACAGCCUUACUCGCGUCAGGAGUCAAGGCCCGAAAACGUGUCUCCGAUCGGCCACAUACCCCGGCCCGCCGCUGCACCGUGUUGCCUACGCCAAUACGACCCAAAGCCCCUUGGGCCCUGCACAAAUCCCCCAGGCCAAAACAAGUCUCUGGCCUUAGGACAUGCACCGGGGGUGAUUUUACCCCCCAAACAAGCCUUGAAAGGCUGGGCUCACCUUCCCAAAGUACUUCUCACUUACCCUUCCCGGGCCCCGGGGGUCAUGGCGGGGUGGCGCGGGCCCCAGGCCAGGGUUUGCCAGGAGAUUCGAACCCCAAGGCCCUCGCCAGCGCCACCGCAGGCCCCAGCUGGGCAGUGUCUCCCCAAGUCACGAGCCCGUUUCUUAAAGGGGCCGAUAUCCCUCGGGCCUGGGGUGGUGCUCGAAACGGGGGUUUAAAACCUCGCCAUUUUGUGAAGGGGGCAGUUGGGAUGGGGCAGAUCCCCGCCUUCCACCGCGGGGCCCCUUAG